UGUUUUUGCAUUAUAAUUGGCUUGCAAAUUACACUACUCACAAAGAAUUAAGCAUAUUCAAGAGCUGAACAGCAAAAUUCACAACAGAUGUUUUAUCCAUGAAUGGACUAAUACAUUUCCCAGUUCAAUUACAAUUGAAUUUAAACAGUCUCUCCAUCAUGCUGUUAACAAUUUAACCUUGAGACAAGGCAUUCCCUAAAAUUGAACAACAGUAGCUCGCCAACAGGAUGUUCUCAGAGGGAAGUGGCCACUGAGUUUAGAGUGUAACAAAGUGUCAUCAGCAGGUUGCAACUGAAAUACAAAGAGACUAGAAGAGUCACAGAAAGGCAAUGACGUCCUUGGAAAUUUAGUUUGAUUCAUGUACCAAACAUCUAGGAAUUUUGCUGUUCAGCUCAUUAUUAAAGAACAGAAAAUUGUGCAAAAAGUACUAAAACAUUGAAAAGUUAGACAUGUGCAUUGAAAGGUUUAGAGAAGGUCAAAGGAAUUUCACCUGUAAAGGUUAUAGUGCAUUUUAGGUUCAUCCUGAAAUUUCACCUAAGAGUCAAACAUCCCUAACUUUUUGUGAGUUUUGUUUGUCAUAGUAAAGCCCGAUAGGUUAAAUAAUGUGAACAACUUCAUAUUUCAUUGUAUUUCAUGUGCAGCUAAUGUUGCUAUUUUCAUCUGCACCAUCGGGUUAAAAGUACAACUUUAGUUUUUCAAUGAUGUUUAAUUUAAUUACUCCUUUGUUAGAUUGUAAAGCUUAAGAAAUGACUACUUGAUGGCACAACAACCAGUGUUUGUGCUAGAUUGAUUGAAUUAUUAUUAUUAUUUUUGGUGUAAAAGGUUUAUUUUGUUUUGUAACCCUCCUUUGUUUUGUACAGUAAAACCUGCUUUGACUAAAUAAGUGGUUUCAUUUGUUAGAAUUGAAGGUGGUUAAGAGCGAUAUUUACUCUGUUACUUUUACUUUUUGCAUAAAUUGUACUGGUCAGAGUAGUUUUAUUUUUGGUAAGAAGAAAUGCUACAUUCUGCUUGCUACUUAUUUUUAUCUUCAGGUAUUUAUUAUAAAUUGUGCAAUCUAUUUUGGUUCGUUAGAGAUACGUCACGAGCUCCACCAAUCCAAUGUAACUACUUGUAACGUUUGACUCCAUUUGUCCAAUCAAACCGAGCCAGGCAAUCACAUGACUGCACACGCUGCACCCUGACCCCACAGCGAUGUAAUGUAUAAUUUCAAAGUGACUCAUUUAUGUGAAACAUGGCAGCAAUCUACUGUAUAUUUACCUUGCAAAUAGGCUCUCACUCACCCGCAAGUGCGACCUGAGUUAGGAUGAGCGGUACAGGCACAGUUAUGGGUACAGGUAUAUUAAAUGGAUUGAUGGAUUGAUGGACUAUGACAAGCGUAGCAUAUGUCAUGCGCUAUCACCGGUGUCUGCCUAAAAAUCUUGGUAUUUCAGCCUACAAGUAUUCCAUUUGGAACUUGAGAAAAGAUGUGGUUUUCUAUCAUCUCUGUCUGUGUGUCUGUGUGUGGUGUCGAGGAGGGGACGACAUCGGAGCUACGCCGGGCCGGAAUGCAGCAGCAGCAGCCCCUUUGCGCCUCGCAGCCACCGUAGACGAAGAACGCCCUCCUCGCCCCAAAGAGCUUCCCUUCUUCCAGCCCAGCGCUCUGGACACCGGCACACUCGCUUUCACGAUGGCCGAGGGAGGCGGACCCGACUCGGGCUGCUCGGCGGACUCUGACUCGGAGAUUACAGCCACAUCCACGGAAAACCAAAAACAGAUUAUCGGCUCACUCCUGAAGACCACGCUGAGAAAGGGCGACGAAUGGUAUCUAGUGGACAGUCGCUGGUUCAAACAGUGGAAGAAAUAUGUAGGCUUCGACAACUGGGACAUGUACAAUGUUGGAGAACGUAGCCUCUAUCCAGGACCUAUUGAUAACUCGGGCCUGUUCGCCGACCAGGACAAACAGGUCCUGAAAGACCAUCUUAUAGAUGAGCUGGACUAUGUCCUUGUACCCACUGAGGCGUGGAAUAAGCUCGUCAGCUGGUACAGCUGCCUGGGUGUCCAAAGACCCAUUGUCAGGAAGGUUGUUGAACAUGGCAUGUUUGUCAAACACUGCAAGGUGGAGGUCUACCUGCUGGAGCUGAACCUUUGUGAGAAUGAUAACAUGGACAAUGUGGUCACUCGUCACUUCAGUAAAGCUGACACUAUUGAUACCAUAGAGAAAGAGAUGAGGACACUAUUCAAUAUUCCACAAGAAAAGGAAACAAGGCUCUGGAACAAAUAUAUGAGCAACACCUAUGAACAGCUGAACAAGCCUGAUAGCACAGUACAGGAUGCUGGCCUCUUCCAGGGGCAGGUGCUUGUGAUUGAGCGGAGGAAUGAAGAUGGAACGUGGCCCAGACAAGCCUCUCAUCCCAAAUCCAGUACAACCCCAUCUAGGACUUUCACCACCUCCCAAAAACUGUCCUCCAACUCGUCAGCUAGUAUCUCCCCAACAAUCAUCAAUGGAAACAGCAGCUGUGGGGCUGGUUACACGCUCAACAACAGUGCCACGGCUGGCAGCAGGCAUGAACUGGGGGGUUAUAAUUCCUACAGCUCCUCCUACAACUAUAGAGAGUCCCAGUCCCAGCCUGGUUUGUGUGGUCUGAGUAAUCUAGGCAACACGUGCUUCAUGAACUCUGCUCUCCAGUGCCUGAGCAAUGCGUCGCCGCUCACCGAAUAUUUUCUCAACGACCAGUACGAGGCCGAGAUUAACCGAGGCAAUCCACUGGGAAUGCGAGGCGAGAUUGCGGAGGCCUACGCUGAUCUAGUGAAGCAGAUGUGGCUCAGCCACAGCAGCUCUGUGGCCCCACGCACCUUUAAAACACAGGUUGGGCGCUUUGCUCCCCAGUUUUCAGGCUAUCAGCAGCAGGAUUCCCAAGAGCUGUUGGCCUUCUUACUUGAUGGGCUUCACGAAGAUCUGAACCGUGUAAAGAAGAAGCCUUAUCUGGCCCAAAGGGAUGCUGAGGGCCGUCCCGAUGAGAUUGUCGCCACGGAAGCCUGGAAAAACCAUCGCUUACGCAAUGACUCUAUCAUCGUCGACAUCUUUCAUGGCCUCUUCAAAUCCACUCUGGUGUGUCCGGAGUGCUCCAAGGUGUCUGUGACCUUUGACCCCUUCUGCUACCUCACUCUGCCUCUCCCCAUGAAGAUUGACCGAAAUAUGGAGGUUGUCCUUGUGCGAUCAGAUCCACAGUCUAGACCCACAAAGUAUCGAGUUGUGGUUCAUAAACUGGGCACGGUGAUGGAGUUGUGCAGCGCCUUGUCCAGACUCUGCGGAAUUCCUCCAGAAAAUAUGGUGGUGGCCGAUGUUUAUAAUCAUAGGUUCCAUAAAAUUUACAGAAGGGACGAUGGACUCAAUCAAAUUGUGGAUAAAGAUGACAUCUUUGUGUAUGCGGUGCAGGAGGAAGACAGCGAGGCGAUGAACCUUCCAGUCUAUUUCAGGGAGCGACAUUCAAAACACGCCGGAAGCUCCUCCAGCACUAUGCUGUUUGGCCAGCCUUUACUCAUCACUGUGCCUCGGCAAAACCUCAUAGCAGACGUUCUUUAUGAUAAGAUCCUUCAGAGGAUUGGGCGCUAUGUAAAACACCCACAGAGCGUGGGGAGUGAAAGCAGAGCCUCAGCUUCAGCCACCUUUGCCAGCUACAGUCAAGUUCCUGAAUGUUCCACGUCAUCCAGUGCCAAUGCCAGUCUUGGUGGCUGCAGCAGUCCCCUGUCGGACGGAGCCUCCUGCAGUGCCACCUCCAGUAACGGCAGCAACCACUCAGGGACUUGCACUGAAACCAACGGCAUAUAUGAUGGGGAAGAGGAGGCCAUGGACCACCAGGUGACUCCAGAACCACAGAACGGCCAGUCCGAAGAGGAGGAAGAGGAGACGUCUGAUUUGGAAAACGGGACAAAAGAGGACGAAACCAAGGCCAGCUCCCUACCGGCCAAGCUCUUUACCUUCAGUGUUGUGAACUCUUAUGGGACAGCCAACAUCAGCCCUCUGCCUUGUGACGGAAACGUGCUCAAACUUAAUCCGCAUUCCACUGUGGCUAUUGACUGGGACUCUGACUCCAAGAUGAUGUGUUAUGAUGAACAGGAAGCAGAGGCAUAUGAGAAGCACGAGAGCAUGCUCCAGCCCCAGAAAAAGAAAGCCACUGUGGCUCUGAGAGAAUGCAUUGAGCUCUUCACAACCAUGGAGACGCUUGGCGCUCAUGAUCCAUGGUAUUGUCCCACGUGCAAGAAACACCAGCGGGCCACUAAAAAGUUUGACCUCUGGUCAUUGCCUCGUAUCCUGGUUGUUCACCUGAAGCGCUUUUCUUACAACAGAUGCUGGAGGGACAAACUGGACACAGUGGUAGAUUUUCCUAUCAGGGAUCUAAACAUGUCAGAGUUUUUAUGUGACCCCAAGGCCGGGCCACACACGUAUGACCUCGUUGCUGUGUCCAACCAUUACGGAGGAAUGGGAGGAGGUCACUACACGGCUUACGGCAAAAAUAAGGUGGACGGAAAAUGGUAUUAUUUUGACGACAGCAGUGUGUCGUCGUCCUCGGAGGACCAGAUUGUGACUAAAGCGGCCUACGUGCUGUUCUAUCAGCGUAGGGAAGAGGAAGGCCUCACCAAAACGCAGCCCUCCGCCUCGCUUGGAGGAGACCCCGACGCUGCUGACGACCACAUGGAAUUAAACUGAAUUAAUGAUGGCAAGCAGACACGCAGACGCUGCUUUAUUAACAAAGACUAUCAAAGUUAUCCCCACCAGAACAAUACCCACUUUGAUUUACGUCUACGUUGUCAACCGACCUGAGAGAACAAUAAGUAAAGCUAGUUAAUUAAGAGGAGAAACAUGGUUGCUCUGGAUGAACAAAUGCUUGUUGCCCUCCACAAAGCAGUAAGAAUAUCUUCUAAAAGCCAAAUCCGAAGCUCGUCUCAACCAAAGUGUUCCGAGGUAUGUAUGAAAGUCAGUUUCGAUGAGCGUGCUGUAAGAUUUCAACUCCACUUUUUACGGACAUUACUUAAGCCAAAACGAGCCGCUUGUCCCCCACACACACAACUUCAGUGAGUUGUGAUCACGCUACAAAAAGCGGCCUUUAGGAUGCAGCUACUGACUUAUAAGGAAGCACUUUGACUUCUUCGUGAAUACAACAUCUACCUGCUUCUGGUGUAUGAGUCUGGGCAUACAUCAUACAUUUGCUGACCUGUUUUUGCAAAUGGCUUGUGAUAAAACCUGUACAUGAAUGCAGCUCUGUAUUGAAAUGGCUACAUUGUUUGAUAUCUUUAAAGCACAUCGAGUUAGGAGACAUAAAAUAGUGCUUUAUUCAAGAAGAUUGAUCCUCCUGGUCAGUCUGUAUAUCACCAGAUGGAGGCAGGGCUUGCAGCAUCCAGUCAAUGAUCUUACUCCACUGUCCUAGACUGAAUAGAUACCCGUUAUAUCCUACUAGUCUCUAUAAUAAACAAUCUCAUUAAGCACAGCUAGUGGAUGUUGGAUUGUUCUGCUGAUUAUAUAGCACUUACGGUUUUAGUAGUGGCGGUUAAAUGGCUGCUUGCCAUCAUGUAAAUUGUCUUUUACUGGGCAACCACCACUGCUAUCCGUACGCCACUGACAUGUCAUAUAUGUAAUGUUAAUUUAACAGCUAAAACACAGUGAUUUUGGUUUUGGGUGACCGAAUCCAAAAGGAUCCAGCAUAACUAAAGAGAUGUAAAUAAUCACACUAUUUUAAAUAGGUGUAAACAUUCUUGUUCUCAUAUUUAUCAUGCUGAUAUCUACAGGAUUUGUUUUUAAAUGGAAACUCUUUGAAGUCAAACUACAAUAAAGACUGGAUGCCUCAA